CUAAUUUGUCACAACUUCCAAUCGCACCCGAAAACCUGAUGAGGCGCGUGUAAAUCCCAAACCGCUGAUGAAGAUUUUCCCUCCCCAACACCAGACCGUCCGAUCGACUCACACGUGCCAGUCCAGUACCCUCGGUUAUCUAUCCAUCCAUAUCAGCCUUCCGAAACUGUUUGACCUCUUCCCAGAAACUUUAUAGGUUUUCGAUUGCGGCCGACUUUGAACUAUUUAUUCACUAAUGCAAUUAGCUGCUGCAGCUGCUGCAAUUUUCUGAAUUCCAAUUGAUUUUGCACCUCUCAGAUUGAGGAGAGGUGAUGGAGAAGGAAUUGGUUGAGCUGUUUGAGAAGGCUAAGAAAGCGGCGGACGCUGCAUCAGCUGAUGGCGGAGCAGAUUCCUCUCCGGAGGAGAGUCGUUGUCUCGACGCCCUCAAGCGGCUAAAGAAGCUCCCCAUUAAUUAUGAUAUCCUCGUAUCAACGCAGGUUGGAAAACGUCUUCGGCAACUGACAAAACAUCCAAGGAAGAGUAUUCAGACUAUGGCUUCUGAUGUGGUUGAGAUGUGGAAGGGUAUUAUUGUCAAAGAAACGGCCAAGAAUAGGAAGAAUGGGAACGUUGAGCAUGAGGGUUCUGUAAAAGCUGAACCUGGAGGUGCAGAUUCUGGUGAGCGGACGAAGGUGGGGAGAGUGAACUCCAUCAAACUUGAGGGUUCUGUAAAAGCUGAGCCUACAGGCGCAGAUUCUGGUAGUGACAAAAGGUUCCAGAGAGUGAGCUCUGUGAAGGUUGAGAAGGCGUCAACAGCUAGUUCUGUUAAAGUUGAGAGAGUUGAUCGCUCUUUCUCUUCAACUUCUGAAAAGGCAAUGAAAUUAGAAACUUCCUCAACUGAGGUAAAGGUUGAGGAGGAUGGAAAGGUUUCUUCUGGAGAGCGCAUGAAUGUUGAAAGGAUAACAAAAGAAGAGAAGCCAAAUUCUGACAUGAGAAAUACGGCUCCCAAGCUGACUUCACUCCUUUAUACAAAGGACCAAGUCAGGGACAAAAUGCGUGAGAUUUUUGCAGAGGCCUUGUGCAAGGUCACUACUGAGGUUGAUGAGGAUCUCAGAGAAGAAGUUGAUGCAUGCGAUCCUUAUCGUGUUGCUACGAUGGUGGAGAGUGCAAUGUUUGAAAAGUGGGGCAGAUCUACUGGUGCCCACAAAGCCAAGUAUAGGUCCAUAUGUUUCAAUAUUAAGGAUCCAAACAACCCAGAUUUCCGGAGAAAAGUCCUCCUGGGGCAGUUUCCACCUAAUUCAAUUGUUUAUCUGAGUGCGGAAGACAUGGCAAGUGAUGCAAGACAAAAGCAGAAUGAGAAAAUUAAAGAAAAAGCACUGUUUGAAUGUGGGCGUGAAAAUUCUGCGAAGGCCAGUACUAACGCAUUUAAAUGUGGUAGAUGUGGGAAGAGGGAAACCACUUAUUAUCAGCUGCAGACUCGGAGUGCUGAUGAACCUAUGACUACAUUUGUAACUUGUGUGAACUGCAAUAACCACUGGAAAUUCUGUUAGGCAUUUGUUAUUUAUUGGCAGCAGGUAGGUAGGUGACCAGGCUCUUGAUAAGAUUUAGUCGUUACCUAGUCCGGCCGUCAGGAAGAGUCAUUCAUUCCGUGCAUGGGCUCGUUAAGCUUAAUUUGUUGUACUAAAGAUGUCAUUGGAUGUUCGACUGUUUGCAUCUGGCUUAUGUCUCAAUUGUUUUGAUUUGUCAA